AUGGUCGUCAUCUUGGCCGCCAUCUUGGAUUUUAACAAGAAUUGGAAAUGUCAGGUUAAAACCGCGAGAAAUGGUAAUUUUUUAUGCUUUACAUGAAAAAUAACACAUAAAUAAACACUUUGCAAGAUUUUAGCCACAAGAUUUACUUUUAUUGUUGAAAGAAGUUGAAAAAACAUGUAUUUUCACCAAAAAUUUGCUUGACCACCUCAUUUUAUGACGUCAUAUCUCGUAACUAUAGUAACUUACCAUCACUAAACUCUUCUCAAAAUCUGCGAGAGGGAUGAACGAACAGCUACUGAGAUCGUCAGUUGCGGAUGUUCUAUCCUCUAGGAAAAAACUCAAAAAAACCUUAUGGGGGGCCGGGGGGAUUCUUGUACGUCCGAGGUUAAUCCGCCCGUCUCUGAAAAGUCACCUAGUAAAGAAUGCGAUUACGGCUCGAUCUUCAAUUCGUUACUAGUGAUUUUAAGAUUCUCUUGGACUUUAGCCCCAUUCAGCAACUACAGGGUGGUACAGUCAGAGAGGCUCGAUCAAUUAGUACUAGUUUAUAGUCGGUCUUUUGUAGCUUUAAUCGGUUCGAAUUUAAUUAAGCCGGCUAAAAAUGCAUGUUACAUAUAGAUGCAUAAUCGUCAAUAAGUGGUAAGAUAAUAAGAUAUAUCCACCACAAUUUCCUCAUAAAAACAAGUUGAGAAAGUUAUCAAAAUCUGUCCAAGUUUUACUGAAGAUAAAUAAAGACUUUUUAUGUUGUUAUCGUUGGAUAGUUCCGUCCAAAAUGCAGUUUAUAAUCAACUUCAACAAUGCAUGCAAAAAUUAAGGGUAUAAGCGCCUUAAGAGAAGCACAAGAAAUUCUUACCAUGAUUGUUCCUGGUUAGUGUUGUUACUGCAGAUUCUAGCCUUUCACCUCUUGCUGCUCAAUGCAGAUUUUCUGAUCUGUUAGCAACUAGGUUACAGACGUUGGCUUUUAUACAUUUCACUGAAGUUGGCAAGGUGUGGGCCCGAGUACGUAAUUAUGAUAACCUUUUGCAAUUUCGGCGCCAUAUUUAGGCUUUUCCGGAAGCCAAUUCAAGAAGCAUUUUUUUGUGUUUCCUUAAAUUAUGCCAUAGCUAUGUAGAAUUAAUGCCGGCGCCCUUCCAUCUGUAAACCAAAACAAAUACUCAAAGUCAGACCACUUCCCGAAAAAUCCUUUCGGAAGAAUAAUUCCAUCAGUUUCUCUUCAAAAACAAAAUUAUUUUUUAAUUUCUGUGCCGUCCUUUCGUUUUAUUGCCUCUUAUUAAAGGAAAUAUUAAAGAAAACCUGGACUGCGGAAAAUAUUUUGAUAUCUUUGCCUACGUAGAACACUUGAUUCAACAACCCACGAGUAGUUGAUCAGUGGGUGAAAUAUUUCAGCAACAAAUAAACAUACUCUAUUGAGGUUUCGUUGUUGUCUCACGUCAGUAUUUUUUGCACUUUUUCUUGCUAACGUACUAAAAAUUUCAUAAAUCUCGAUUUCGCAAGAUGCUGCAUUAUGUGAAAAGAAAUCGAAAAGGAGAAAUAGGCCACAAAUAUCAGACCUUUCGCAUCGCACAUGUUUUUUGGCAAAAGAAUUUCACAUAUUAUUUUCAAUUAAUUUGUGACAUGUAUUUGACCUUCUGUCAUCGAUAUGGUUAGUUCUUACGUGAAACGCCGUUAGCAACGAAUCCUAUAAGCUACAACAUAAUCCAGUUGCAACAAAAUAUUUUGAUUCAUGCGGUCCGUAACCAGGUGCAUUUGUUUAAUAAAUUCUUUGCUUAUAAGCUCUACGGAAACGGUAUAUUAAGAUUUGCGGAAAAGGGAGUAAUAGAUUCCUCGGCAAGAAUUUCAUAAUUAUUUUUGAAUCCAAAAUCAAAGUGGCUGACCUGCAAUGGAACGACGCAAAGAAGUGAUCUGUUGGCAGUAUGUCUACAGGAAAAAAUUGAUCCCUAAGGGGGAAAAGACGACUGCAUUUGAGAUGGAACGUUUACCCCAGGCGCCACGGCUACCUUAAAAUAACAAAAACUUCGUACAGACCACGUAUUAAGUAAACAUAACGGUGCUAAUUUUUUUGAUGAGAAAGAAGUGCAAUGGAGUUUCCCGUAGCCUGCGAAAACAUCCGUUUCUCCUCGCUCUUCGUAGUCGUUCUCGUCCUAGAAUCUAGUUAGGUCUCUAAUUAUUCCCUCUUUGAUCCAGAAACACAGGCUGCAAGAUCAGGAGAUCAAGAAAUCACCACGUGUGUCGCUUGAUAAUUUCUAUGGUUGGCAAUGAUUCACUCCUUCUCAAAGAAUGAAUUGAAAUCAGUAGUUGUAUUGUCAAAUAAAACAGAGGAAAAUCCUGAACCUUUAGAGAAGACACACAGUUAUAAGAAAGUCCGGCGACAUAAUGUUUAAGGGCUAACAAAAGUCCUCCGCCACUGCCAAACAUUACAAGAACAUGCAUGGGACGGUCUUAGGACCUGCUAAAACGUCUCGAAGUGCUUAAGAAAUGCAGGAACAAAUUUGACUGUUUAGGUGCGAAAUGCUUUUCAUAAGAACCUUAAAGACAAAUUUCAACGUGCUAUCAGACUCUAUUCGUGCGAAAGAAUAAUCUUCGCACCCUGUUAUGUUAAUUUUCGCGUCACAUCGCUUUGCAUGAUUAAAAAAAAAUUCCUUGAUAAUGGAGUCAUGACUACUCUGAAACGUCGGAUUUUAUCGUUCGUUUUUACCGUUUUAUGUCUUAAAGCAUUGAAUUCCUAUUAUUCUUUCUCUAUUGAAAUGAUCAUGAGAGUGGCCGAGUGUUAAACACGUCUGUACUUUAGAGGAGUUCGUGUACAACCAAUAGUUAGCUCAGUUGCUCCCUUGUCACGAUUCCAUUUCCCAUCUUAGGCGAUCAAACAGACAACCUCGUAAAACGCACAUUGGUUCCUAUCUACUAAAUUUUGACUAACCAGCUUUCAAUCCUAACAAAAAAAACGAAAUAAUAAAAACAAAACAAAAAAGAACCAAAAUACAAAAACCAAAAAGCUGAGGAAAGUAAACGUUUAUUAUGCUUUACGUUUAAAUUCAUUUCAUAGUUUAAGACCUUACUGCUUUUGGUGCUCUUUCUUAUCGUUCUUACUCAUUUUUGCUCAGAUUGACCAGAUCUUCUGCUCACAUACACUGUUUACAGGUAGCCUUUACGACACCUGAGGGAGGAUCAUCUAUAUCAAGAUAAUAACCCAUCCAGCCCGGGAAAGGUUGGCCGUACCCACCGGGGUCUACGUCCACUACUCUUUUUGAACAGAGGUGUUGGUUCUUUUACGUCCCACAAACCAGAUAAGUGAAAGUUCUGUGAGACAGGACCUACGGUUUUUCGUUUUCGUGCUUAUCAGAGGAGACUAGAAAGUCUAAGCGUUUGCAGAUGUCAUUACAAAGGCAGAACCUGGGUGUUGGUCCGGCCGGGGUUUGAAUUCGUGACCUCUCGCUCAGCAGACCGCUCAGCAUAUCGGCGCUCUCCUAACUGAGCUAACCAGUGCUCUUCAUUAGAAACUCAUUGUCACCAACCAAACAUAAAUCAACAAAUCAAUAAAUGACAAUAUUAUUAUCAUUCAUAAUAAUAAGAAAGCAUCAAAAAAAUGUCUUACAUAAUCAAAUGGAAGUAUCGCAAGAGAUAAAAAUGCAAAUUAAUAGAAAACAAAAACAGUUAGUUUCUAAAAAUGAUAAUAAUUGAGCUCGAGCUAUCAUCAGCAUCGAGACGUCCCAGUCAUUCAGGCAGUCGACGGUUUAUAAAGAGAAGAUUCGUCAUAAUUCUCGUAUCAAUAAAAUCUUUUGAUUAAAAACUUUGAAGUAUGGCUUGAAAUAUAGUGCCUUUUGUUUCAUAGUGAAGCACGUCAUCUGAUGAGUGAAGUUAGAUUUUAAUUGCCACCAGCUGAUGAAAUACUAAAACAAGUUAUAUAAUCCUGGCUUUCCAUAUGUUUUUUCCGAACUAAUAGUUUAGGUUAUUAAAAUAUGACCUUGGCAAACCAGAUUGUGUUUAUUACUGCUUCCCUAUCUUCUUACAUUCUUAGUCUGAGAAAUUUUACGAAAACAGGGUCAGAAAAAACAAAUACUCACGACGCCGUAACGCCUUUUCUGAGACAAGGGAGGAGCUGCGGGUCGAGAAAAUUCAACAGCAUUGUUCAAAACAAAAAUAUCUAGACAUAUUUUUGCUGAUAUUUCACUCAUUUUAUUUCUUGAAAGUAAAUGAAUAAUUCAAACUUUUUUUUUUACUAUUGUUUCCUGGAAGGAAGGGUGAUCUUCUCAACAGCCAGUCAAGUAAACUAAUCACCUCUUAUUCUUCAGUUGAAAUUUCUAGCACAACAUUUUCAGCUGUUGAACAAAGCAAUGUUAUAUUUUGAAACCAUGGCAACUGCUAUAGUUAAACCGCCACAAAACCGCACUUCAUGAUGGUUGACUGUCAGUGUCCCAAUGCCUCAGCGUCAAAAAGACAUUUAUAAAAAAGUCCAUUUCCAAUUAAGCCAUUGAGCAGGAAACUUGAUAUAAUCAAACUCCUCUUUAUUUUGCAGUAACGUUUGGAAGGAACAUGUCGGUAAGUCUUUUCUACCCUUUACUAUAGCAUUGUUCUCCGUAACCGUCUAUCAUUACAUCUCUAAAUUGGUACUUAAUUUCACGCGUAUGCUUUUGGCAAGACAGUAUUUCGCGGCGUUUUACUUUAAUUUGUGAUUUCAUUCGGGCAAAUAUCAUAAAUAGGGCAUUAAAUUUCGCGAUUCAGGCAUUAUAAAAAAAAGUCGGAACUCUGUUGGAACCUUUUUUAAAAGGAGAUUCUCAUCUCCAUAUGUAAAAGCUUUGUUUCCCAGCAGAAAACAAAACAAUGGAACUUAUCAGUAAAAACCAUUCAAUAGUUUUAAAUUUGUAUUCAUCGAUACAUAUCCUCUAUGUGUAGUUAUUGUUGUUGUUGUUAAAUUUCGCGUUUUUGUAUAUUUAUAUUUUGCGAGGAUUAGUAUUUUAAUCGCGAAAUUAUUGAUCCGCAAAAUUAAGUAGCAAUGAGGUCUACCAUAUAAAAAAAAUAAGUAAGAGGAAAAGAAAUGAAACCAUCAACCCUAAAAUAAAUUUCGUUGAAAUGUUUAAUAGAACCGAAGAGAUGAUAAAUAGCUUUUAGUCUCGAUAUCUCCAGCGCAAAGCAAAAGGAACUCGGACUUCGUUCAAACAUAUGUUGAACUAGUGAGCAAGUUAAGUUUGACUUUGAAUAAGCGCUUUUAGGUUUUUUUCAGUGUUCAAAACGUACUACCCUCUUAUUUUCAGAUGAGACACUUGGUUUAACGGUGCACCGGAAGUGUUUUAAUAACUUUUAUCCUAUCUCGUUUUCAGUCUCCUAUGUCGUAGUCUGCGCCGCAGACGAAACUAAUCUCAGGUUAAGUCCGUCUGCGAAACAGUGA